AUGACUUGGGGUUCGAUGACAGUAGAGAAAAUAGAUGAAAACGGCAAAGUUGUGGAUGGCGAGGACGUCCGUUAUCGAGACGCGAAAGUCUGGCCUGGUGGCAGCUGUACCUCUCACUGGAAUGGGAUAACGAAGGAGGAUGUCAGCGAGCUAACAGACAAGGGCGCCGAGUACAUUGUGCUUUCACGCGGGCAAUGGGCCUUCCUGCACGUCCCCCCAGCCAUAGUCGAGGAGCUAGAGAAACUUGGCUUAAAGGUGAUCGUGGAAAGAUCUAGCGUUGCGAUGGAGACGUACAACAAACUGAUUGACGAGGGUAGGCGUGUCGCCGGACUCUUUCACACAACCUGCUGA